CCGCCGCAAAGCCGCCCGCCCGGCCGCCGCCUCUCCUGCUGCCCCCAGCCGAGGCCUGCGAUCUGGGGAAGCUGCCCGCCCGGGCCGUUUAAGUGACAGGAUCUUACGUUAGCGACAGACCCCGUGGCUCUCCCGGCUGCUCUGAACGCGCCGUGUGAGAGGCCGGUCACUGCACUGCCCGUUAGACGUCGGGCGACGCGGGUUAUCCGAAUUGCACGGACGGUCGGCGAGGCGGGCGGUGUUGGUGACGGCGCGGCCUGUCCCGUGGACACGGGGAACCGUGGGCUCCGGAGGCCGGGGGCUCAAACCCCCCUGGGGACGGUGUGAACUGAGCUUGGCUCCGGCUUCUCUGCGGCCUUGCCGUGGGCCUGGUUCGUUCCUCCGUCGUCCUGCUAACGUGGCAAGUGCCACAGUUUCAAUCUGGGAAGCCUUUAAAUGAAACUUGCUUAAAAUCUUAGAUCGUACACAGAAGAGAGACCUCGAUCAACGUCGAAAAGAAAGAUGAUGUCCUUAAACAACCUACAGAAUGUCACCUAUAACCCGAUAAUCCCCUAUGUUGGGACCAUCCCUGAACAGUUGGAGCCUGGAACUUUGAUUGUGAUACGUGGGCAUGUUCCUGGUGACUCGGACAGAUUCCAGGUGGACCUCCAGAAUGGCAGCAGUGUGAAGCCUCGGGCUGACGUGGUCUUUCAUUUCAACCCACGUUUCAAAAGGUCCAACUGCAUUGUUUGCAAUACUCUGAAAAAUGAGAGAUGGGGACGGGAAGAGAUCACCUACGACAUGCCUUUCAAGAAAGAAAAGUCUUUUGAAAUUGUGAUUCUGGUGCUGGAAGACAAAUUCCAGGUGGCCGUGAAUGGGAAGCACGUCCUGCUCUACGCGCACAGGAUGCGCCCGGAGGAAGUGGACACACUGGGCAUUUACGGCAAAGUGCACAUCCACUCUGUGGGCUUCAGCUUCAGCUCGGAUUUAGGAAGUACCCAAGCAUCUACUCUGGAACUGACAGAGAUAAGUAAAGAAAAUGUAAAUAUUAAAUCUUUUAAUGAACUACCAACGCUGCCAUUUGUCGCAAGGCUGAACUCUUCCAUGGGUCCCGGACGGACUGUCGUCAUCAAAGGAGAAGUGAACACAAACGCCAAAGGCUUUAAUGUCGAUCUACUCUCAGGAAAAUCGAAGGAUAUUGCCCUCCACCUGAACCCACGCCUGAACGUUAAAGCAUUUGUGAGAAAUUCUUUUCUUCAGGAGGCCUGGGGAGAAGAAGAGAGAAAUAUUACCUGUUUCCCAUUUAGUCCUGGGAUGUAUUUUGAGAUGAUAAUUUAUUGUGAUGUUAAAGAAUUCAAGGUUGCGAUAAACGGCGUGCACAGCCUGGAGUACAAACACCGGUUCCUGGAGCUCACCAGUAUCGACACGCUGGAAGUCGACGGAGACAUCCACUUACUGGAAGUAAGGAGCUGGUAGCUGACGUGAAUUGCCUCAAAAACUGAAAUACAAAAUGGCUUAUGUAACACUGGCUUUGUUAAAAUGCAUCUCAGUAUUAUCAUGUUUAUAUGUUAAAUGAGCUUAUAGCAGUUAUACUGGGUGUUCCGUCCUAGUAGGUAGUGUGGCUCUGUGAGGCACAGGCGGAAGAAAUUUGAAGCAACAGAAGCGUACAGCCAUUGCUGAGGCCUUCCUCGCCCCCUGGCCUCGUCUGGAGCCCACUUCCCACUGAACAAGCACUUACGCGGCGCCUGCUCUCACAGCCUCAACGCGCCAAGCACAUCCCUUUGCCAGCACCGUGCUGGGGGCCGGGGUGCACGCACGGUGGUGCCCUGGACUGUGCUCCCCGUUCUCUUGAGCUCAGAAUCCUGUGUGCUCUGCCCUGUGCACUGUUUCUUCUGCAGGUAUCGCAUACUCACCAGGGACUUAGAACUGCUCAGCUGUUAAAUCACCUAGAAACUAAUUCAAAGACAGUACUCUGGCCCCAGUGGUCACACUCAGCGUCAUAUCUCAUAGCUAAGGGGUCGAUUUUGACUCCCAUCUGGCACUUUCCUUUAGCAUAAUAAAUAUCUAGCCCUACUAGCUGUAAGCAUUACCAAGUAGUGAACACUAUGAAGUCUGAACACAGCACAAAAAUUAAGGCAAAAGAAUAAUCAAGCAAAACAAAAACGAAUGUAUUGAAAUUAACCUGAUCUCAUUCGCAAGGCCACUGAUUUCCGUAUCAGUAAAUGGUUAUUUUAGAACAUGUGAAUUUAGGUUGAGUCAAAGGUCUGCACGUGCCUCUACAGAAGGUUUAAGGUGGAAGAGGAUUUCCAUUAGUACAAUGUUUAUAGGUGACAAAGCAUAGCCAAGGUCUGGUUUAAUGGCUGCUUCUGAAAGAGGCACGAUCGGAAAGUGAAAUGCAGCCACUGAGGGCAGGGAGGAGCGUGCGCACCCGUCCUCCGCACGCGAACCAGCACCGCCUCUGCUCUUCCCAGGGAUAGUCCAUCACGUUAGCGACCGAGAUCAAAACAUUAUUCUACUUUAAGUGAUUAAAAUCAAACCUGUAUCAGCAAGUUAAA